UGAGGCGGGGGACCGGAGAGAGAUGGCGGAUUCGCAGAGCAACAGGGCGGCGGUUCAGGCGACCAACGACGACGCCUCCGCCAGCAAACUGUCAUGUGUGAAAAAGGGGUACAUGCAGGAUGAUUAUAUACAGUUAUUUGUUAGGAAGCCUGUGAGAAGAUCUCCCAUUAUAAAUCGAGGUUAUUUUGCUCGAUGGGCUGCCUUACGGAAGCUUCUAUACCAGUUUCUUGAUUGUGAAAGACAUACUGAAGGAAAAGGAACUAAGAAGCAGAUAUUAUCGCUUGGAGCUGGCUUUGAUACAAUGUACUUUCAAUUGCAGGAUGAGGGUAAAGCACCAGAUUUGUACGUGGAAUUGGAUUUCAAGGAGGUUACUAGUAAGAAGGCUGCCAUCAUUGAGGCCUAUGGCCAGUUGAGGGAGAGAAUUGGGACAACAGCAUAUAUAUCACAAGAAAAGGGAGAAGUGAUUAGUGAACAUUACAAGCUCCUUCCAGUUGACUUGCGUGACAUACCAAAGUUGGAUGACAUAAUAUCAUUGGCUAAUAUUGAUCCAAGCUUGCCGACCUUUAUAAUUGCAGAAUGUGUCUUGAUAUACUUGGAUCCAGAUUCAAGCCGGGCUAUUGUUGGUUGGACUUCAAAAACAUUUUCAACAGCAGUUUUCUUCUUAUAUGAGCAGAUCCAUCCAGAUGAUGCUUUUGGGCUGCAAAUGAUCAGAAAUUUAGAGAGUCGUGGCUGUGCUCUUCUGGGAAUACAUGCUACUCCGACGUUAUCAGCAAAAGAAAAUCUCUUUAUUGACCAGGGUUGGCAGACCAUGAAGGGGUUCAUGCUGUGAAGAGUGAUGACAGAAGGAAAUAAAACAUGAAUUAGGAGAGGGGUGUUAUUGUACAAGGAUCAAUACUGGGAGGGAGAUCAGGGAAGGACUUCUGCUUAAUUUUUUAAAUAAAGAAUUUGGAAGCACUUAAUGCCUGAACAUAUUUUAGAGGUAGACAAUAACUGUCAAGAAUCCAGAGAAUCCGCUUGGAAAUCAUGCUUGUUGUGCCCUUUCUUCCACCUAAACCAAUGACAGCUGGAGUUGAGAAAUGUAGAUUACAAUGACUGUUUGUUUAUAUGUAAAGCUGAAAAGUGCCUUCCAGGUGACUACAAUGAGAGUAAGAGUUCUUUUAGCGAGAUGAUUAUUAGUCAAGAUUGCGACUGCGUGAAAGUUGCUGCAGUAAAGCAGCAGUUGGAUGUGUUGUAUAUCGUUUUUUAGGAGUCAUUUUGAUCCUUCUAAUUGACUCUUUUGUUACAAGCUACUUUCUCCUGAUGAUUUAGCAAAUUUUUUUUAGUACAUUACAAUUUUGUAGCUAGAGAUAAAACUUACUUUCGAAGUUUGAUAUAAGCCUCACUUUAUAUAUUAUUUUUCCGAGUUCU